GAAGAGCCAGCCCUGGAUGUUCAGAGGAAAGAUGGCGUCUGUGGCGUUAUUGUGAAGCUAAAAUUUGAAUUAAACUGCGAAAAACAUAUAGAAACUAUUGGCCCGCGUGAUUCUUCCAGAUGAAGGUAGUAAAUCUGAAGCAAGCCAUUCUGCAGGCUUGGAAGGAGCGCUGGAGUGACUACCAAUGGGCAAUCAACAUAAAGAGAAACUUCCCAAAAGGAGCGACAUGGGACUACCUGAACUUGGCAGAGGCUCUGAUGGAGCAAGCAAUGAUUGGACCUUCUCCAAAUCCUCUCAUUUUGUCAUACCUGAAAUAUGCCAUAAGCUCACAGAUGGUGUCUUAUUCCAGUGUGCUUGCUGCCAUUAGCAAGUUUGAUGAUUUUUCUCGAGAACUUUGUGUUAAAUCUUUGCUGGAAAUAAUGGACAUGUUCUGCCAUCGCCUCAGCUGUCAUGGAAAAGCGGAGGAAUGCAUUGGUUUAUGUCGUGCCCUACUAGGUAUAACUGUGUGGCUGCUGCAGGGCUGUGCUUUUUACUGUGAGAAGCUUCGAGAGCUCGGUCCAUUGGCGAGUACAGAAGCCAGUCUCGCAGCCUGUCAGGAGAGACUACAUGGCCUUCUCAACAGUACCAAGAACAGGGCCCUUAUACACAUUGCACGGCUAGAAGAACAAAGUUUUUGGAGCAACGUGGACCAGGCUAUGCUUAAAGUGAGCGAGGUUCUAAGCAGUGUUUCUAACCAGGCAUUAAAGACUAAGAUUGAAGAAAGCCUUGCACUUGUGAAAAGUGUCCCACAGAUGUUGUCCAUGCAGUCAGACCCUCCUGUUAAUGUCUCCUUCCCUUCAGUCCAUGCCUUUAUAAUGCUAGAAGGAACCAUGAACCUGACCGGAGAAUUACAGCCUCUGGUGGAGCAGCUCAUGAUGAUCAAACGAAUGCAGCAAAUACCGACACCACUAUUUGUAUUGGAGAUUUGGAAAGCCUGCUUCACUGGCCUCAUUGAGUCACCAGAGGGCACAGAAGAGCUAAAAUGGACAGCUUUUACAUUCCUCAAAAUCCCACAAGUUUUACUGAGACUAAAGAAGUACCCAAUGGGGGACAGGGGGCAGGAUUUCAUGGAUGAUGUUAACAUUGCAUUUGAGUAUUUACUGAAACUUACACCACUGCUGGACAAAGCUGAUCAAAGAUGCAACUGCGAUUGCCUUGGAAUGCUGCUACAGGAAUGCCAUAAGCUGGUACUAUUAUCAGAAAAAAAUACAACUAAUUUAACAGCCAAAAGGUACAGAAAUAAUGUAACGACAGAGGACAGGGAAUAUGCCCCAAAGCUGAAAACUGCAGAGAAUGCAAACAUCCAACCCAAUCCUGGUCUUAUCCUAAGAGCUGAGCCCACUGUCACUAAUAUCCUCAAGACUGUUGAUGCAGACCACUCAAAGUCUCCUGAGGGCCUUCUUGGGGUCCUUGGCCACAUGCUGUCUGGCAAGAGCCUGGACUUGCUUCUUGCAGCAGCGGCAGCUACUGGGAAGCUUAAAUCUUUUGCCCGGAAGUUUAUAAAAUUGAAUGAGUUUCCAAAACAUAUCACUGGGGAAGGAUCUAAGUCAGCAUCUGUGCGAGCUCUUCUUUUUGACAUCUCUUUCCUCAUGCUGUGUCAUGUGGUGCAGACAUAUGGGUCAGAGGUUAUACUGUCAGAACCCAGUCCUUCUGGAGAGACCCCCUUUUUUGAAACAUGGCUGCAGACAUGUAUGCCAGAAGAAGGUAAGAUCCUAAACCCAGAUCACCCCUGCUUCAAACCAGAGCCUGGUAAAGUGGAGAACUUGGUGACUCUUCUCAACAACUCCUCAGAAAUGAAGCUAGUUCAGGUUAAAUGGCAUGAAAUUUGUCUGAACACGCCGGCAGCCAUCUUAGAAGUACUGAAUGCCUGGGAGAAUGGUGUGCUUUCUGUGGAAGCUGUGCAGAAAAUUACAGAUAACAUAAAGGGGAAAGUAUGUAGUAUGGCCAUUUGUGCUGUUGCGUGGCUCGUAGCUCAUGUCCGAAUGUUGGGCCGAGAUGAGAGAGAGAAGCCGCAGACGAUGAUUCGACAUCUUGUGACACCUCUGUAUGGAGAAAAUACACUGCAAUUUUACAAUGAACGUGUCAUAAUCAUGAGUUCCAUCAUGGAGCACAUGUGUGCAGACAUCUUUCAGCAGACAGGAGCAACAGUGCGCCCUCCAAUGGAAGGUCAUGAACCCAUCCCAUACCGCAACCUCCUCCCAACCAAGGAACCCAUUCAUGCUGCUUUGAGUCAACAAUUCCAGGCAGUUUUACGAAAAGGAUGGGUUGACAGUCGAGCACUGCAUCUGUUUGAGAGUCUUCUGAACAUGGGAGGAGUCUUCUGGUUCACUAAUAAUUUAGUUAAAGAGCUGCUAAAGGAGACUCGUCAAGAGUGGGCCAAUCGAGUGGUAGAGCUCCUGUACAGUAUCUUCUGUCUGGACACUCAGCAGAUCACAUUAACUUUGCUUGGAACCAUUCUUCCCAACCUGCUCACAGACUCAGCUCACUGGCACAGCCUGACUGACCCACCUGGGAAGGCACUGGCAAAGCUGGCUGUGUGGUGUGCACUCAGCUCUUACUCUUCUCAUCAUAAAGGCCCAUUAUCAGCUCGCCAACGCAAGAGACAGAGGGAGGAUAUUGAGGAUUACAACAGCCUCUUUCCUUUGGAUGACACACAGCCAUCUAAGCUCAUGCGUUUGCUCAGCUCUAAUGAAGAUGAACCUGUAGCCCUUUCCAGUCCAGGAGAUCGGUCCAUGAGCACGUCACUGUCUGCUUCACAGCUCCACACUGUGAAUAUGAGAGACCCCCUCAACAGAGUCCUAGCCAACCUUUUCUUCCUGAUAUCUUCAAUCCUUGGCUCAAAGAUGGCAGGGCCCCACACCCAGUUUGUGCAGAGUUUUAUUGAGGAGUGCGUUGAAUGCCUGGAGCAGGGAAGUCGUGGAAGCAUUCUGCAGUUUAUGCCCUUUACCAUGGUCUCGGAGCUGGUGAAGCUGCCUGCUCUUGCCAAACCAAAAGUUGUCUUAGCCAUCACAGACUUGUCUUUGCCUCUGGGGAGGAGAGUAGCAGCUAAAGCCAUUUCUGCCUUGUGAAAAAUAUAACUGGGAUGACUGAUACGUUUUAUAUAAGUGUAAACAAAACAUGGUUACAACUAAGUGAUGAUUUGCAUAUUUAAACUGUCUUUGUUUUAAAAUGUGUUUCAACUCAAAACUGUAAUUUUUUUUUAAAAUAUCCAUUGUU